GACAGGUUUUGGAUAACCAGAGUCGGGCUCCUUGGCGUUUGUCAUCUAUAACAGAUUUCUUCUGGUCAAUAGCAGAUUUUGUGGUUCUUUUUUUCCAGAGCAUUAUUCAACCAGAUUUGAGAAGAAGAGGCUACACAUCUUCCUCCUAUUCAGGAUACAAUGAUGGAAGAGGGCCUCCAGCACAUCCUCGCCGUAGAAUGGGUCGAAUAAAUCACUGGGGUGGAGGCCCCAGUCCACCACCAAUGGCUGGAGGUGGAUGAGGAAGGUAAACGCCUGCUGAAGAGGCAAGCAAAAGAGCAUACACAUUUGCAAGAUGAAAGGGAAGAAGAGUUUAGUGCUGGACCAAAUGAGUCUGAAUGUUGUGAAUGUGUAUGUCGAACUGGAAACUGUUCUCUGCUACAAGCAGAUUAAUGAAGUUGUACUGGGAACUCCUCCAAGGAUCCGGUGUAACUGAACCACAGUCUUAUCAAAUACAUGUUUACUGUCUAAAGUCUUUGUAUAGUUUCUGAACAUUUUACUGUAGUUGAAAGUAGUAAGUAAAUUAUAUUUGGAUUGUCACAA